UGGUUUCAACCCAUCAACAUGGCCGACAACGACGCCAACAACCCAGCUCCGGCAUUUGCCCAGGAUGACGACAAUCUGAGAUUCCUGGGCCAGCGUCCACCACCAUCUCCACCCCCACAUCCACCUUCGCCACCACGACGCCAGCCUUCGCCACCACCAGAGCCAAGAGACCAAGAGAACCCUGCCCCACAUCAUCAUCCAGACCCUAAUGUUUUGCUCCACCACGUGGAGCAGCUUGGUCGACAGACUGCUGAUCUGCAGAGGCAGGUGCGUCUCGAUCGACGCAAUGCUGCUCAACUGGCUCAGGAUCCUCAGGAGCCUGCUCCAAGAGGGAGGCGGAGAGGUGCUGUUAGGGGCAGGCGCAGAGCUGGGUGA